UUGUGACCAUCGCCAAUUGUGACUUCUCAGCUGGCACUUUCAUUGAUAAAUCUAUCAAGAGAACACUGCAAUCUCACCAUCGUUUUCCAACAUCAAUCACAAAGUAGGGGCUUACCUACAACUAACUCAUCAACAUCACAACCAAGUCCAUAGACAGCGCCCGACCAACCUCAGAAGCAAGAACUCGAAGUGCAGCAUCAAUCAACGCGUCUUCUGAAUACAAUCGGCAGCUGUCAAUCGGCGGACUGAAUAUCGCAGAUUGGACGAUUGCAGGAAUUCCUGGAACGGAAGCAACGACUGCCAAUUUCACACCUUUUUGGUAUUCAGGGUAGUUACAGGCAGACCAAACUUGAAAAUUUUACCUCUUUAACUCUUCACGAAUCAACACACUUAUGCCUACACAAUGACCAAGACUAAGAAUAAGGCCGCCAUGGCGGUUGACGAUGCCACAUCCUCCAUUACAGCGGUGACUGACGAUGACGCCAUGACCCUUGUCGACUUGUUUGGAGAUCUUGAUGUUGAGGAACUCACCGAGCCUGACAACAGAACCACAUCUGGAGAGUCAACCAGCAUUGCGAGUUCGGAAGUCAGUACAGACGUUGCUGAUAGUGAGGUCGACCUUGAGACGAAGCCAAGCGAGAAGGGCAAGACCGCAGAUACCGAAAGUAAGGUGGCCACAGAAGCAGAAACAUCUUCUGGAGUCACAUCAGAAGCUGCCAGUUCAGAGGUAGCUGAAACGUUAGCUUCUGGCGAGACAGCCUCAGAAGAUAAGACCACAACCGACGAUACAUCUUCAAAGAGCGGAGAUGCCUCUGCUGGCGCUCAAUCAUCAAGCGCAGGCGAGUGGACGGACUCAGAGGAUGCCCUCAUCAUCAGUAUGAAGGAGGGUGGUGAGAGCUGGGCUUCCAUAGGCAACGCAAUCAACAGAGGCAAGAACGAGGUCAAAAAGCGAUGGCACGUAUUGAAGAUCAACGUUGCCAAUUCGACCGAAUCCGGAGGAGAGUCCAUCCAAGCUGGAUCUCAGGCCGAUACUGAGGCUGAUGACAAAACCGCUGUGAGCCAAGACGAGGCAAAGAAGGCAGAUGACGACAAGGCCGAAAAGCAGAAGCAGAAGAACAACGAGACCCUCAAGGCCGAUGGCAAGCCGAAAAAGUCACAGAAACCUUUCAAGGAAGUCAAGAUCACUGAGGGCAAGAAGCUAGAGGCGAAGAAAUCCGAGCCCAAGCCCAAGGAGCCCAGACAAAGAAGCAACCCUUCCAAGCCCACCCCGUCAGAAACCUCGUCGUCAAAGCCUGCUACCUCAGACUCCAACGAGGAGACCCCGAGCUCAUCCUACCGAGACCGGUUCAACCUCCUCCACGACACCUCCUCGGCCUCCGUGUCAAAGUCCUCCGCUACCAGCGCAGACGACAACGACGCCGAACCCCAAGCUAAAUACGAACGCGAACUCGCCGGCCAACAACGCUACAUCCGCCGUCACGUCCACCCAGCACUCUACCCUCCCGCGCCGGCAGCAUCCCAUAAGAGAAAGAGGCCGCUUCCUGCUCCCGCCAGUAGACGAGCGCCCAGCCCGGCAGACAGACAGCAGCGCCGCGACGACGCGACCCUCGCGGCUGUGGUGUCCAAGAGGGAGGCGACAAAGUGGCUCGAGAUGCAGGCCAACUUUUUUAACGCUACGGGCCGAAUGGUGCCGCUUCAUAUGAUCAAGUCGAGGUGCGAGGCCGAAGAGGACCGAGACAAGGCCGCCGGCGUGCGGAGUUGGGCUUCCUCGGUGGCCGAUAGUGAGGAUCUGUUGGACCCUAACGAGGGUCGGGACGCUCCUGAGGAUGCUCUAGUCAAUGAUGACGAAGAUUGAUACCCCCCUCCCUUUCUUUUUUUUUUACGCUUGUUUGCGAGAUGCGACCCCAUGAGAUGCCUGACUCGAGGGGGGUGACGACUGACGAAUGAUGAUGACGACGGUUACGGCCUCACCCUUUUUCGUCUACAAGACUUUGAUCAUGAAACUGAUUUGGGACAUCUGGGUUUAGACGGGUGUGAUGGGCUACGGGAUACCAAAAAGAAUUGGGGU